CAGCCAUUAAAACCUCAUGACUGUCACCAUGAGAAGACCAGAGCAAUGAAAACUGUAAUUAACACCAAUCUGAACAAAGCCUCAAAGAUCAGGAUGCAAAGACUUCAACUCACAUUAAUGCUUGUCAGUGUUCUUAGUGCUUCCCUGCUGGCUGAUGGCACUAACAUACGACUUGCUGGUGGCAAUCACUCCUGCUCUGGUAGAGUGGAAGUGUAUUAUAAUAACCAGUGGGGAACAGUGUGUGAUGACAGUUGGGACAUGAAUGAUGCGCAGGUGGUGUGUAGACAGCUUGGAUGUGCUAAUGCUGUCAGUGCACCUCAAAGUGCCCACUUUGGUCAGGGAAGUGGCCCAAUAUGGCUGGAUAAUGUUCAGUGUUCUGGAAGUGAAAGCGCCAUCACACAGUGCUCUCAUAAUGGAUUUGGAAAACACAACUGUGGCCAUGGUGAAGAUGCUGGUGUUACUUGCUCAGGCCGUAAUGAGAUCAGGCUGGUGAAUGGUCCGAGUACCUGUUGUGGCCGAGUGGAGAUCCAGCACAAUGGCCGUUGGGGAACAGUGUGUGAUGAUUACUGGGACUUGAAGGAUGCAGAGGUGGUGUGUAGACAGCUUAGAUGUGGUAAAGCCAUCAGCGCUCCUCGUAAUGCCCGCUUUGGUCAGGGAAGUGAACCAACCUGGCUGGAUGAUGUUCAGUGUAAUGGAACUGAGAGCUACAUAGAUCACUGCUCACACAGAGGAUUUGGAGUGGAGAACUGUGGACAUGGUGAAGAUGCUGGAGUCGUCUGCUCAAACCUGCAGACUCCCACAUUGACUCGGAUCUCUCCAAACUCUGUGGUCUCACCUGGAGAAGUCCUUCAGUUCCGAUGUACCACACCCAGCCCAACAUGCAUCUCUGUGGACUUCAGGUUGUAUAAAGACGGGACUUCAAUAAAGAAUCAAACUGCAGAGUCUACAACAACAUUUAAUCUGACUGUAGAUGCCUCACAUCAGGGCCAGUACACCUGUGACUACUCAUACAGGGAAAGUAACUCCAUAUCAUCCAGGAGCAACUCCAUUACCAUCACUGUGGGCCGUAAUGAGAUCAGGCUGGUGAAUGGUCCGAGUACCUGUUGUGGCCGAGUGGAGAUCCAGCACAAUGGCCGUUGGGGAACAGUGUGUGAUGAUUACUGGGACUUGAAGGAUGCAGAGGUGGUGUGUAGACAGCUUAGAUGUGGUAAAGCCAUCAGCGCUCCUCGUAAUGCCCGCUUUGGUCAGGGAAGUGAACCAACCUGGCUGGAUGAUGUUCAGUGUAAUGGAACUGAGAGCUACAUAGAUCACUGCUCACACAGAGGAUUUGGAGUGGAGAACUGUGGACAUGGUGAAGAUGCUGGAGUCGUCUGCUCAAACCUGCAGACUCCCACAUUGACUCGGAUCUCUCCAAACUCUGUGGUCUCACCUGGAGAAGUCCUUCAGUUCCGAUGUACCACACCCAGCCCAACAUGCAUCUCUGUGGACUUCAGGUUGUAUAAAGACGGGACUUCAAUAAAGAAUCAAACUGCAGAGUCUACAACAACAUUUAAUCUGACUGUAGAUGCCUCACAUCAGGGCCAGUACACCUGUGACUACUCAUACAGGGAAAGUAACUCCAUAUCAUCCAGGAGCAACUCCAUUACCAUCACUGUGGGCCGUAAUGAGAUCAGGCUGGUGAAUGGUCCGAGUACCUGUUGUGGCCGAGUGGAGAUCCAGCACAAUGGCCGUUGGGGAACAGUGUGUGAUGAUUACUGGGACUUGAAGGAUGCAGAGGUGGUGUGUAGACAGCUUAGAUGUGGUAAAGCCAUCAGCGCUCCUCGUAAUGCCCGCUUUGGUCAGGGAAGUGAACCAACCUGGCUGGAUGAUGUUCAGUGUAAUGGAACUGAGAGCUACAUAGAUCACUGCUCACACAGAGGAUUUGGAGUGGAGAACUGUGGACAUGGUGAAGAUGCUGGAGUCGUCUGCUCAAACCUGCAGACUCCCACAUUGACUCGGAUCUCUCCAAACUCUGUGGUCUCACCUGGAGAAGUCCUUCAGUUCCGAUGUACCACACCCAGCCCAACAUGCAUCUCUGUGGACUUCAGGUUGUAUAAAGACGGGACUUCAAUAAAGAAUCAAACUGCAGAGUCUACAACAACAUUUAAUCUGACUGUAGAUGCCUCACAUCAGGGCCAGUACACCUGUGACUACUCAUACAGGGAAAGUAACUCCAUAUCAUCCAGGAGCAACUCCAUUACCAUCACUGUGGGCCGUAAUGAGAUCAGGCUGGUGAAUGGUCCGAGUACCUGUUGUGGCCGAGUGGAGAUCCAGCACAAUGGCCGUUGGGGAACAGUGUGUGAUGAUUACUGGGACUUGAAGGAUGCAGAGGUGGUGUGUAGACAGCUUAGAUGUGGUAAAGCCAUCAGCGCUCCUCGUAAUGCCCGCUUUGGUCAGGGAAGUGAACCAACCUGGCUGGAUGAUGUUCAGUGUAAUGGAACUGAGAGCUACAUAGAUCACUGCUCACACAGAGGAUUUGGAGUGGAGAACUGUGGACAUGGUGAAGAUGCUGGAGUCGUCUGCUCAAACCUGCAGACUCCCACAUUGACUCGGAUCUCUCCAAACUCUGUGGUCUCACCUGGAGAAGUCCUUCAGUUCCGAUGUACCACACCCAGCCCAACAUGCAUCUCUGUGGACUUCAGGUUGUAUAAAGACGGGACUUCAAUAAAGAAUCAAACUGCAGAGUCUACAACAACAUUUAAUCUGACUGUAGAUGCCUCACAUCAGGGCCAGUACACCUGUGACUACUCAUACAGGGAAAGUAACUCCAUAUCAUCCAGGAGCAACUCCAUUACCAUCACUGUGGAUGGCGCUAACAUACGACUUGCUGGUGGCAAUCACUCCUGCUCUGGUAGAGUGGAAGUGUAUUAUAAUAACCAGUGGGGAACAGUGUGUGAUGACAGUUGGGACAUGAAUGAUGUGCAGGUGGUGUGUAGACAGCUUGGAUGUGCUAAUGCUGUCAGUGCACCUCAAAGUGCCCACUUUGGUCAGGGAAGUGGCCCAAUAUGGCUGGAUAAUGUUCAGUGUUCUGGAAGUGAAAGCGCCAUCACACAGUGCUUUCAUAAUGGAUUUGGAAAACACAACUGUGGCCAUGGUGAAGAUGCUGGUGUUACUUGCUCAGGCCGUAAUGAGAUCAGGCUGGUAAAUGGUCCCAGUAAUUGUUGUGGCCGAGUGGAGAUCCAGCACAAUGGCCGUUGGGGAACAGUGUGUGAUGAUUACUGGGACUUGAAGGAUGCAGAGGUGGUGUGUAGACAGCUUAGAUGUGGUAAAGCCAUCAGCGCUCCUCGUAAUGCCCGCUUUGGUCAGGGAAGUGAACCAACCUGGCUGGAUGAUGUUAAGUGUAAUGGAACUGAGAGCUACAUAGAUCACUGCUCACACAGAGGAUUUGGAGUGGAGAACUGUGGACAUCAUGAAGAUGCUGGAGUCGUCUGCUCAAACCUGCAGACUCCCACAUUGACUCGGAUCUCUCCAAACUCUGUGGUCUCACCUGGAGAAGUCCUUCAGUUCACAUGUACCACACCCAGCCCAACAUGCAUCUCUGUGGACUUCAGGUUGUAUAAAGACGGGACUUCAAUAAAGAAUCAAACUGCAGAGUCUACAACAACAUUUAAUCUGACUGUAGAUGCCUCACAUCAGGGCCAGUACACCUGUGACUACUCAUACAGGGAAAGUAACUCCAUAUCAUCCAGGAGCAACUCCAUUACCAUCACUGUGGGCCGUAAUGAGAUCAGGCUGGUGAAUGGUCCGAGUAACUGUUGUGGCCGAGUGGAGAUCCAGCACAAUGGCCGUUGGGGAACAGUGUGUGAUGAUUACUGGGACUUGAAGGAUGCAGAGGUGGUGUGUAGACAGCUUAGAUGUGGUGAAGCCAUCAGCGCUCCUCGUAAUGCCCGCUUUGGUCAGGGAAGUGAACCAACCUGGCUGGAUGAUGUUAAGUGUAAUGGAACUGAGAGCUACAUAGAUCAGUGCUCACACAAUGGAUUUGGAGUAGAGAACUGUGGACAUGGUGAAGAUGCUGGAGUCGUCUGCUCAAACCUGCAGACUCCCACAUUGACUCGGAUCUCUCCAAACUCUGUGGUCUCACCUGGAGAACUCCUUCAGUUCAGAUGUACCACACCCAGCCCAACAUGCAUCUCUGUGGACUUCAGGUUGUAUAAAGACGGGACUUCAAUAAAGAAGCAAACUGCAGAGUCUACAACAACAUUUAAUCUGACUGUAGAUGCCUCACAUCAAGCCCAGUACACCUGUGACUACUCAUACAGGGAAAGUAACUCCACAUCAUCCAGGAGCAACUCCAUUACCAUCACUGUGGGCCGUAAUGAGAUCAGGCUGGUGAAUGGUCCGAGUAACUGUUGUGGCCGAGUGGAGAUCCAGCACAAUGGCCGUUGGGGAACAGUGUGUGAUGAUUACUGGGACUUGAAGGAUGCAGAGGUGGUGUGUAGACAGCUUAGAUGUGGUGAAGCCAUCAGCGCUCCUCAUAAUGCCCGCUUUGGUCAGGGAAGUGAACCAACCUGGCUGGAUGAUGUUAAGUGUAAUGGAACUGAGAGCUACAUAGAUCAGUGCUCACACAAUGGAUUUGGAGUAGAGAACUGUGGACAUGGUGAAGAUGCUGGAGUCGUCUGCUCAAACCUGCAGACUCCCACAUUGACUCGGAUCUCUCCAAACUCUGUGGUCUCACCUGGAGAACUCCUUCAGUUCAGAUGUACCACACCCAGCCCAACAUGCAUCUCUGUGGACUUCAGGUUGUAUAAAGACGGGACUUCAAUAAAGAAGCAAACUGCAGAGUCUACAACAACAUUUAAUAUGACUGUAGAUGCCUCACAUCAGGGCCAGUACACCUGUGACUACUCAUACAGGGAAAGUAACUCCACAUCAUCCAGGAGCAACUCCAUUACCAUCACUGUGGUGCAUAAUGCAGUCAGGCUGGUGAAUGGUCCGAGUAACUGUUGUGGUCGAGUGGAGAUCCAGCACAAAGCCCAGUGGGGAACAGUGUGUGAUGAUUAUUGGGACUUAAAAGAUGCAGAGGUGGUGUGCAGACAGCUUAGAUGUGGUAAAGCCAUCAGCGCUCCUCAUAAUGCCCGCUUUGGUCAGGGAAGUGAACCAACCUGGCUGGAUGAUGUUCAGUGUAAUGGAACUGAGAGCCACAUAGAUCAGUGCUCACACAGAGGAUUUGGAGUAGAGAACUGUAGACAUCAUGAAGAUGCUGGAGUCAUGUGCUCAAACCUGCAGACUCCCACAUUGACUCGGAUCUCUCCAAACUCUGUGGUCUCACCUGGAGAAGUCCUUCAGUUCAGAUGUACCACACCCAGCCCAACAUGCAUCUCUGUGGACUUCACUUUGUAUAAAAAUGGAACUUCAGUAAAGAAGCAAACUGCAGUGUCAACAACUACGUUUACUCUGACUGUAGAUGCCUCACAUCAGGGCCAGUACACCUGUGACUACUCAUACAGGGAAAGUAACUCCACAUCAUCCAGGAGCAACUCCAUUACCAUCACUGUGGUGCAUAACACAAUCAGGCUGGUGAAUGGUCCGAGUAACUGUUGUGGUCGAGUGGAGAUCAAGCACAAAGCCCAGUGGGGAACAGUGUGUGAUGAUUAUUGGGACUUAAAAGAUGCAGAGGUGGUGUGUAGACAGCUUGGAUGUGGUAAAGCCAUCAGUGCUCCUCAUAAUGCCCGCUUUGGUCAGGGAAGUGAACCAACCUGGCUGGAUGAUGUUCAGUGUACUGGAACUGAGAGCUACAUAGAUCAGUGCUCACACAAUGGAUUUGGAGUAGAGAACUGUGGACAUGGUGAAGAUGCUGGAGUCGUCUGCUCAAACCUGCAGACUCCCACAUUGACUCGGAUCUCUCCAAACUCUGUGGUCUCACCUGGAGAACUCCUUCAGUUCAAAUGUACCACACCCAGCCCAACAUGCAUCUCUGUGGAUUUCACUUUGUAUAAAGACGGGACUUCAAUAAAGAAUCGAACUGCAGAGUCUACAACAACAUUUAAUCUGACUGUAGAUGCCUCACAUCAGGGCCAGUACACCUGUGACUACUCAUACAGGGAAAGUAACUCCACAUCAUCCAGGAGCAACUCCAUUACCAUCACUGUGGUGCAUAACACGAUCAGGCUGGUGAAUGGUCCGAGAAACUGUUGUGGUCGAGUGGAGAUCAAGCACAAAGCCCAGUGGGGAACAGUGUGUGAUCAUUCCUGGGACUUGAAGGAUGCAGAGGUGGUGUGUAGACAGCUUGGAUGUGGUAAAGCCAUCAGCGCUCCUCAUAAUGCCCACUUUGGUCAGGGAAGUGAACCAACCUGGCUGGAUGAUGUUAAGUGUACUGGAACUGAGAGCUACAUAGAUCACUGCUCACACAGAGGAUUUGGAGUAGAGAACUGUGGCCAUGGUGAAAAUGCCGGAGUCGUCUGCUCAAACCUGCAGACUCCCACAUUGACUCGGAUCUCUCCAAACUCUGUGGCCUCACCUGGAGAACUCCUUCAGUUCAGAUGUACCACACCCAGCCCAACAUGCAUCUCUGUGGACUUCACUUUGUAUAAAGAUAGGACUUCAAUAAAGAAGCAAACUGCAGAGUCUACAACAACAUUUAAUCUGACUGUAGAUGCCUCACAUCAGGGCCAGUACACCUGUGACUACUCAUACAGGGAAAGUAACUCCACGUCAUCCAGGAGCAACUCCAUUACCAUCACUGUGGUGCAUAACACAAUCAGGCUGGUGAAUGGUCCGAGUAACUGUUGUGGUCGAGUGGAGAUCCAGCACAAAGCCCAGUGGGGAACAGUGUGUGAUGAUUAUUGGGACUUAAAAGAUGCAGAGGUGGUGUGCAGACAGCUUAGAUGUGGUAAAGCCAUCAGCGCUCCUCAUAAUGCCCGCUUUGGUCAGGGAAGUGAACCAACCUGGCUGGAUGAUGUUAAGUGUAAUGGAACUGAGAGCUACAUAGAUCAGUGCUCACACAAUGGAUUUGGAGUAGAGAACUGUGGACAUGGUGAAGAUGCUGGAGUUGUGUGCUCAAACCUGCAGACUCCCACAUUGACUCGGAUCUCUCCAAACUCUGUGGUCUCACCUGGAGAGCUCCUUCAGUUCAGAUGUACCACACCCAGCCCAACAUGCAUCUCUGUGGACUUCACUUUGUAUAAAGACGGGACUUCAAUAAAGAAGCAAACUGCAGAGUCUACAACAACAUUUAAUCUGACUGUAGAUGCCUCACAUCAGGGCCAGUACACCUGUGACUACUCAUACAGGGAAAGUAACUCCACAUCAUCCAGGAGCAACUCCAUUACCAUCACUGUGGUGCAUAACGCGAUCAGGCUGGUGAAUGGUCCGAGAAACUGUUGUGGUCGAGUGGAGAUCCAGCACAAAGCCCAGUGGGGAACAGUGUGUGAUCAUUCCUGGGACUUGAAGGACGCAGAGGUGGUGUGUAGACAGCUUGGAUGUGGUAAAGCCAUCAGCGCUCCUCAUAAUGCCCGCUUUGGUCAGGGAAGUGAACCAACCUGGCUGGAUGAUGUUCAGUGUACUGGAACUGAGAGCUACAUAGAUCAGUGCUCACAUAGAGGAUUUGGAGUAGAGAACUGUGGACAUGGUGAAGAUGCUGGAGUCGUGUGCUCAAACCUGCAGACUCCCACAUUGACUCGGAUCUCUCCAAACUCUGUGGUGUCACCUGGAGAAGUCCUUCAGUUCAGAUGCACCACACCCAGCCCAACAUGCAUCUCUGUGGACUUCAGUUUGUAUAAAGACGGGACUUCAAUAAAGAAGCAAACUGCAGAGUCUACAACAACAUUUAAUCUGACUGUAGAUGCCUCACAUCAGGGCCAGUACACCUGUGACUACUCAUACAGGGAAAGUAACUCCACAUCAUCCAGGAGCAACUCCAUUACCAUCACUGUGGUGCAUAACACAAUCAGGCUGGUGAAUGGUCCGAGUAACUGUUGUGGUCGAGUGGAGAUCCAGCACAAAGCCCAGUGGGGAACAGUGUGUGAUCAUUCCUGGGACUUGAAGGACGCAGAGGUGGUGUGUAGACAGCUUGGAUGUGGUAAAGCCGUCAGUGCUCCUCGUAAUGCCCGCUUUGGUCAGGGAAGUGAACCAACCUGGCUGGAUGAUGUUAAGUGUACUGGAACUGAGAGCUACAUAGACCAGUGCUCACACAGAGGAUUUGGAGUAGAGAACUGUGGACAUGGUGAAGAUGCUGGAGUUGUGUGCUCAAACCUGCAGACUCCCACAUUGACUCAGAUCUCUCCAAACUCUGUGGUCUCACCUGGAGAACUCCUUCAGUUCAGAUGUACCACACCCAGCCCAACAUGCAUCUCUGUGGACUUCAGUUUGUAUAAAAACGGGACUUCAAUAAAGACGCAAACUGCAGAGUCUACAACAACAUUUAAUUUGACUGUAGAUGCCUCACAUCAGGGCCAGUACACCUGUGACUACUCAUACAGGGAAAGUAACUCCACAUCAUCCAGGAGCAACUCCAUUACCAUCACUGUGGUGAACUUGCAGCAGCCGAAUAUCUCCUUCAGUCCUGCUGAUAGAUGGUUCCACUGGGGGUCUGACAGACGAGAAGCAAAAAGGGGCUACAGCUUCUCCAUCGUCUGCUCCACUGAACCUCAGUAUCCAGGAGGUUCCUUUCACUUGGUGUUCAGUGGAUCCAACAUCACCAGAACUCAGUCAGCUGUUAAUCACUCAGCCGUCUUCAUGUUUCUUGAGGCAGAUUUUGUCCAUCAGGGAAACUACAGCUGUACUUAUGAAGUUACCGUGUCUUCAUGCACCUUUACCUCUACUACCACUGAGCUCCUGGUCAUCACUGUGAAAGCAUCUCUGGCCCCUUUUAUUGGUGUUGGACUGACAGCAGGACUGCUUCUCAUGUUAGUUCCAGUCAUCAUUUGCUUUGUGAAGACACAGAAAAGACGGAAGUUUCAGAUUAACGAGAAGAAGGAUACACAAUUUGAGUUGUGUGCCAACACAUAUGAGACUCCCCAAGGAAAGAAAGAGACAGAUGAUGAAAAACCUCAUGAGCUUGGUCAUGAGAAGACAGCAGCAGUGAACACUGUAAUUAACACCAAACUGAACAAAGCCUCAAGGACUAGGAUGCUGAGACUUCAUCUCACUUUAAUGCUUGUCUGUGUUCUUAGAGCUUCUCUGCUGGCUGAUGGCGCUAACAUACGACUUGUUGGUGGUCGUCACUCCUGCUCUGGUAGAGUGGAAGUCUAUUAUAAUAACCAAUGGGGAACAGUGUGUGAUGACAGUUGGGACAUGAAUGAUGCGCAGGUGGUGUGUAGACAGCUUGGAUGUGGUAAUGCUGUCAGUGCACCUCAAAGUGCCCACUUUGGUCAGGGACGUGGCCCAAUAUGGCUGGAUGAUGUUCAGUGUUCUGGAAGUGAGAGCGCCAUCACACAGUGCUCUCAUAAUGGAUUUGGAAAACACAACUGCAACCAUGGUGAAGAUGCUGGUGUUACUUGCUCAGAUGAGAUCAGACUGGUGAAUGGUGUGAGUAACUGUUGUGGUCGAGUGGAGAUCCAGCACAAUGGCCGUUGGGGAACAGUUUGUGAUGAUGAUUGGGACUUAAAGGAUGCAGAGGUAGUGUGUAGACAGCUUGGAUGUGGUAAAGCCAUCAGCGCUCCUCGUAAUGCCCGCUUUGGUGAGGGAAGUGAACCAACUUGGCUGGAUGAUGUUCAGUGUACUGGAACUGAGAGCUCCAUAGAUCACUGCUCACACAGAGGAUUUGGAGUAGAGGACUGUGGACAUGGUGAAGAUGCUGGAGUCGUGUGCUCAAACUUGCAGAGUCCUACAUUGACCCAGAUCUCCUCAAACUCUGUGGUCUCACUUGGAGAACUCCUUCAGUUCAGAUGUGCCACACCCAGCCCAACAUGCAUCUCUGUGGACUUCACUUUGUAUAAAGACGGGACUUCAAUAAAGACACAAACUGCAGAGUCUACAACAACAUUUAAUCUGACUGUAGAUGCCUCACAUCAGGGCCAGUACACCUGUGACUACUCAUACAGGGAAAGUAGCUCCACAUCAUCCAGGAGCAACUCCAUUACCAUCACUGUGGUGCAUAACAAGAUCAGACUGGUGAAUGGUCCAAGUAACUGUUGUGGUCGAGUGGAGAUCCAGCACAAAGCCCAGUGGGGAACAGUGUGUGAUCAUUCCUGGGACUUAAAGGAUGCAGAGGUGGUGUGUAGACAGCUUGGAUGUGGUAAAGCUGUCAGCGCUCCUCGUAAUGCCCGCUUUGGUCAAGGAAUUGAACCAACCUGGCUGGAUGAUGUUCAGUGUACUGGAACUGAAAGCUACAUAGAUCAGUGCUCACACAAUGGAUUUGGAGUAGAGAACUGUGGACAUGGUGAAGAUGCUGGUGUCGUGUGCUCAAACUUGCAGACUCCCACAUUGACUCGGAUCUCUCCAAACUCUGUGGUCUCACCUGGAGAACUCCUUCAGUUCAGAUUUACCACACCCAGCCCAACAUGCAUCUCUGUGGACUUCACUUUGUAUAAAGAUGGGACAGCAAUAAAGACACAAACUGCAGAGUCUACAACAACAUUUACUCUGACUGUAGAUGCCUCACAUCAGGGCCAGUACACCUGUGACUACUCAUACAGGAAAAGUAACUCCAUAUCAUCCAGGAGCAACUCCAUUACCAUCACUGUGGUGAACCUGCAGCAGCCCAAUAUCUCCUUCAGUGCUGCUGGUGGACCAGAAGUACCAAGGGGCUAUGGCUUCUCCAUCAUCUGCUCCACUGAACCUCAGUAUCCAGGCGGUUCCUUCCACUUGAAGUUCAGUGGAUCAAACAUCACCAGAACUCAGUCAGCUGUUAAUCACACAGCCGUCUUCCUGUUUCCUGAUGCGGAUUUUGUCCAUCAGGGAAACUACAGCUGUACUUAUGAAGUUACCGUGUCCUCACGCGCCUUUACCUCUGCCACUGAGCUCCUGUUCAUCACUGUGAAAGCAUCUCUGGCUCCCUACAUUGGAUUGACAGCAGGACUGCUUCUCAUAUUAGUUCCACUCAUCAUUUGCUUUGUGAAGACACAAAAAAGACGGACAUUUCAGAUGGAUAAGAAGAAGGAUACACAGCGCGCCAAAAACACAUAUGAGAGUACCCAAGGAGAGAUUGAGACAGAUGAUGAAGCUGUUUAUGAAAAUGUAGAAACCAUUUUCCACCAGAAGGAGGAUUCAGAGGACUCGGAUAAUGACUACCUUAAUGUGGAUGCUGAUGAACAAGGAAGUGACGUGGACAAUGACUAUGAGGAUGUAGAAAUUUAUGCAAACUGUGUAGAGUAGUGUGGAGAGCUAAACAAUUAUCUAAUAUCCACAGUCCACAAACAAUAACAUGGUUAAAUUGGAUAAUUUUCCAUUAUUAAGAUAUCAUUGUUAUUAUUUAUAGAUGAUUUAAUAUACAUGGACUUCAGAGUCAGUUUGUUCUUUAUUGUUAGUCUUUUAUUCUUGUCCUUUAUUAUUAGUCUUUUCAGAUGUAACUAUAUUAAAACCUUUAUUUUCAUUUUCUUACUGGUUUCAUACACAUUUAUAUUACUACUACUUGACAUUACAGUAGUUUAAAAAAGUGAUUAUUUUAAUAUUAAAUAUUGAAAUGCAUCAACAUUAAUAUGAUCAGUCAGUGUUUUCCAUAAACUGAUGACACAUGCAGAAAUUAGAGAACAACUUUAGGGUCACCUGAAAUUUAGUGUUUAUUGUUAUAUCAAUCCUAAUCUCCUGAAACAGUCAUGCAGAGUCUGUUGAUAUUUUUAAAGUAGAUUUAAGCAAAUCAGUUUUAAAAUAAAAUUUAAUUUUUAACUUUUUGAACUAAUUUUGCAUAGUCUAGAAAUUAUUUUUAUUUGCAGGGUUUUGUUUAUGAUUUUGACUUUUUUAUAUGUUGUGAACGAAGUCUAUUUAAUCCAUUUACUUUAUGAACUCUCUUAUCUUUCUGCAAAAUUUAAUCAGUCUUAUGAAUAGCUCUAUGCUAUUAGACGCUAGCACUUAGCAUUUUGCUCAAACUUUCUCAUACCAUUCUCUUUACAGCCUUGCCACAAAUUGCACUCUGCCAUAUUAUUUUCUAUUCAUAUUUGCUAUAUAACUUACAUUAUAUUAUUUAUUUAUUGUUUUGCAUUUCUGUACAUACAUACUAUAUACAGUGUAUAAAAAAAGUCUACACACCGUUGUUAAAAAUGCAUGUGUUUGUGAUAUAAAAAAAAUGAAACCAAGAUAAAUCAUGUCAGAUUUUUUUUCACUGUAAUUGUGAUAUAGCCACCAACAAAAUGUUAAAUGAAAAACAAAUACAAAUGUUUUAGGGGGGAAAAAUAAUAAGAAGAAACAUACAAUGACCUGGUUGCACAAGUGUGCCAACCCUUUUAUAAUUACGCUCAGAAUUAACCAAUCACAUUCAAACUCAUGUUCAAAAGUAAUUAUCAUACACCUGUCACCAAUUAAGUGAUUCUGAUUAACCCCAAAUAAAGAUCAGUUGUUUGUGUACAAUUUUCUUGACAUAUUCUUAGUUUCAUCUCUCUGCUGAAGUCAUGGUCCUCAGAGAGCUUACGAAGCUUGUACAGUACUUCAUUAUCGAAAGGUAUCGAUCAGAAGAGGGCUACACAAGAAUUUCCAAAACAUUAGAUGUACCUUGGGACACCGUGAAAGCCAUCUUCAACGAGUGGAGAAAAUGGAGCACCACAGUAGCAUCACCAAGAACAGGACGUCCCUCCAAAAUUUACAAAAGGACAAGACAGAAACUUACCAGGGAGGCUGCCAAGAGACCUGAAGCUGCAGAAAUAUCUGGCAAGUAGUCACCCCC